UGAAUUGAUAGUAUAAAUCAAUUAAACAUGAUUAAAGUGAAAGCAGUAAGACUUGUGCUUUAGUAAUACAUAGAUAGAUUAGAAAGGUACAUAAUAGAUGGGUUGAUGCAAGCACCACCUUAAGUUGCACAUGACAACUUCGAUUCCUUAAGCUUUUCUUUGCCAAAAAGAGAAAUAAAGUAAGAAAUGGUGACGUACUAGAAUUCAUUUUUAUUAUAAAUUACUGAUAGAAUGCUUACAUAGGCUCUAUCAUUUUGAAUCUAUCUUGUGACAAGGGUCUAGAUGGACGUUUUCUUUAUUAUUUUUUAUUUAUGCAAAGGCAUAUUGUACUGUUGGGAGUUGGCAAUAUUGUACUGUUAAUGAAAGUAAUUUGAUUGCAUUAUCAAAAUCAGUUAACUUAUUCAGUUUUAACCAAAUAGGGUCAUUCAAAUUGUACCUGAAAUAGAUAUUGCUUUUGGGGUGAGGAAGCAUAUGAGAGAGAGAAGGAAUGGGGAGGCACUUGCAUUAUGUUUCUGAUGUCAUACAAAUGGUUUUGGUUUUUUAUUUUGUUUACAGAAAGAUGAAUAUAAUGAUGCAAUUGUUGUUAAUAGGAGCCAAUAUUUGCAUGCUUUUCUUGCCUCUUCGUAUCUUAAACAAUAUUAGCCCCUUUUAGUACUUCAAAGUAACCCUUCAAUGCAUAUUGCAUCACCAUUACAUAAUUCACUCACUCCUAUUCCCUUACAUCUCUUCUUCUUCUUUGUCUUAUUUCUUCUCUCAUUUCAAAAAAUGGGAAGGCCUCCUUGUUGUGACAAAUCCAAUGUGAAAAGGGGUCUUUGGACUCCUGAGGAAGAUGCUAAAAUACUUGCCUAUGUGGCCAAUCAUGGAACUGGAAACUGGACAUUGGUUCCGAAGAAAGCAGGGCUUAAAAGGUGUGGUAAAAGCUGCAGGCUAAGAUGGACCAACUACCUAAGACCUGACCUCAAGCAUGAUGGUUUUACUCCCCAAGAAGAAGAGCUCAUUAUUAACCUACAUGGAGCCAUAGGAAGCAGAUGGUCUAUAAUUGCAAAAAGACUACCCGGAAGAACAGACAAUGAUGUCAAGAACUACUGGAACACAAAGCUAAGGAAGAAGCUUAUGAAGAUGGGAAUUGAUCCGGUGACACAUAAGCCGGUAUCACAAGUCCUCUCUGACUUGGGAAGCAUUAGUGGCCUCCCAAACACCACCACAAACCAAAUUGCUUUUAUCAACAAGGACUUGAUGAGCAACAUGCUACCAAUUACCAAAACUGAACCAUCAGGUUCCAACAACUCAACGGUGGAGCACACACAAGAGGGUCAAGUUCCCUCAUGGGAACACCACAUUCCUUACCAAGUUAUCAUCAACUCCGAAAAUAUUCAAUCACAUGUCUUAAGUGAAGCUGCAUCCUCAACCUCAUCCUCAUCUUCCUCUAAUAUCACGCAAUUAGGAUCACCACAAUCCUACUCUUGCCAAACCCCUCAGGCUCAAAUUGCCCCUCCUUGUUCCAACUUUGAUUGGAGUGAGUUUCUUCAAAGUGACUCAUUUAAUUGGUCAUUGAACCCCUCCUCAGGUAUAAUUCAAAGUGAAGCUGAACUUUCCAACAAUGCCAAAAGCAAUGGCAAUGACAUGCAAGGAGAUGCAAGUGAGGGUUCUGGUUCUGGUGCUGUUGCUUGUGGUGCAAGCAUGGAAUAUCAAAUUAACAAGCAGUGUGAAGCUCAUUCAUUUGUGGAUGGUAUUUUGGACAGGAAUAGUGAGAUAAGAGCAGCAUUCCCUGAGCUUUUGGAUGCUUCUUUUGACUACUAAGUGCUUAGUUGUAUCAUUUUGUUUUCUGCUUAUUGAAAAUUAGUAGGAUAAUUAAGUACUAGACUUUUCACAUUAGACUCAGUCCCUAGGAUGUGGAAAAAAAGUUAGACCAUUCAUUAUGCUUUUCUAGUUUCAGAUUUUAUU